CAGGAGGCAGCCAGUGCUCCGGCAGUAUGUGUGUGUUUGUGACUGUGUGAGAAGGAGCUGAGCUCCGGAGCUCCGGUGUGUGUUUUACUCCGACAACAUCACGGCUGAUUAUCCUCUCCGCAGGUUUAAAUGCAGCGCUUCACCUCCUGAGAGGAGGCUAAAGUGGGAGCAGGACGUCUUUGAAGGACUCAGGCAUGAGGUGGUUUGACUCUGGAACAAUGCCACUACUGACCCUCAGCGUCUUCUUCAUCUUACUGUCCCCAGCAGACGGCCACAUCCAUCCAUCCAUCCAUCCGUCCAUCCAUCCUUCCAUCCAUCCAAGUUCCAGUCCUCCCGGCCGGCCGAGGGUCAUCAGCUGCCGUUCGCCUGAGAAAGAAACGUUUACCUGCUGGUGGGAGCCUGGAGAUAAUGGGAGUCUUCCCACCACCUAUGCCCUCUACUACCGCCUUGAGGGUUCGGAGGCGGUGUACGAGUGUCCAGAUUAUAAAACAGCAGGUGAAAACUCCUGCUUCUUCAGCAAGAACGACACAUCGCUGUGGGUCAACUACAACAUCUCAGUGGUCGCCACUAACGCCUUGGGCAGAAGUGUUUCAGAGCCAGUAGAGGUGGACGUGGUUUAUAUAGUCCAGCCCAACACUCCAGAGAGUGUGAUGGUUUCGGUGCUGGAGGACGAUCAUGGCCCGUACCUGCGCGUCUCCUGGGACAAACCACGGUCAGCAGACACUCGUUCUGGCUGGAUCACACUCGUCUACCAGCUACGAGUCAAACAGGUCAAAGAGGAGAACUGGGAGGAGUACGAUGCUGGCAUGCAGAAGUACUACAACGUCUUCAGCCUUCAUUCUGGUAAAGAGUACAUGGUGCAGGUUCGAUGUAAACCGGACCACGGCUUCUGGAGUGAAUGGACCACUCCAGCCUACAUCCAAAUGCCUGACUUCAGGCCCAGGGAGCGCUCCAUAUGGAUCAUGAUGACAGUUUUCGCAGCCUUCAUCCUCCUCAUCUUCGCCUGGACGAUGAACGUUAAGCGGAGCAGUGUGAAACACUUUCUGCUGCCUCCUGUUCCUGGACCAAAGAUCAGAGGCUUUGACCAACAGCUGCUCAAGAGCGGAAAGUCUGAAGAGAUGUUUAACGCAUUGGUGAUCCAGGGUUUCCCCCCAACCACCAACUACGAGGACCUGCUGGUGGAGUAUCUGGAGGUUUAUGAUGACGAGAAGCAGGAGCUGGUUCUGAACGGGAAGAACCUGCCCAAGGGCUCGCUGAAGUCCAAGAGCACGUCUUCAGACAACGACUCUGGCCGGGGCAGCUGCGACAGCCGCACACUGUUGAUGGAGAAGUGUGCAGAGGGUGCGGAGGAGAGUGGAACGGAGCAGGAGCUCAGCCAGUUCGGAGAGUCCAGCUGGGCUUCUUCUGACAGUGGUGAGGGCAGGGACAACCCUGCCUCUCCAGGGCAGGAGGACGGGAAGGUCCAGACAUGGCCUCCUGUGUUCUCGUCUCCUCAGCCACACCAUUUCCAGCAACAGCAGCCAGGAGGCACCAGAGCUUCCUACCACAGUGUACCGGAAAUUUCCUGCAGAUCUCCACCUGUUCAUUCAUCUUGUGGUCAGCAGAACCAUUUCAGCAAGCCUGAUUUCUACCAGUACACUCAGAUGCACAGCAUGGAUAGCAUUGAGCACAAGCACGUAGCACAGGUGCCCCAGUCCCAAUCUGCUGAAUACGUAGAGGUGCAGACAGUCAACCCAGAGAAUGUCCUGCUUCUCAGACCUCUAUCGAAUCCCGAAUCGCAUGACCCAGAACUGUCAGACUUUGCCGGGGAAGACUACAGCAAAGUCCGAGAUGUGACCUCUGAUAACGUUCUGCUGCUGCAGAGAGAUUUGAGUGGACCACAGUAUGUGGGGGAUUAUUGCCAGGACCAAAGUGGACAGGUUGACCCCUGCUUUAUGCAGCUGCAACAGGAGGAACAAACCUGCAAACCCAACGUCCAUCUUCAUCUUCCUUCUCCCAUGCUCCAGGAUGGCAUGAGGUUGGCUGGGAACGGCUAUGUGGAUUCAACUAUGAUGAUGUCCUAACAGCUAACAGCUAACAACUGUCGGAAUGCUGCUAUGGCCCAGGCUUGGUCUUGGGGUGCCAUUGUCACUUGCCUGCUGUAAGACAUCAACAGUAGCUCAGGAAGGGUUUGCUCACGAGCUGAUCACCUGGAUCAGGUAUGCUAGAACAUGUCAGGACAGAGGACACCAAGACCAGGAUUGAGGACGAUGUAAAAGGGGACGAAAUGAGACACUGAAACAGAAUCCCAGCCAGAGACGUUUGUCUGAAAGUGAUGACCUCCUCUUAAGCUCUUACAAAGCAUUAGUUCUCUUUCCUCAGUGGCUCUAAAGACUCUAUUAGCAAGAGAUUUUAGGUGACUACCGUUUCGGAAAUUAACGGUACACACUCCUUUUCUUAGCUCUCCUUUUAUCUGCUAUGUAUGGGGUACACAGAGGAAAUGAAGCGGUGAAGCACUACUGAAGUCCUUUCUAUGCUUUGUGUUGCAUGUUGUAGUUCUAAAUCUACAGAAGGAAGUUGCUGUUUGUGAACUAAUCACUGUUUCUAACAUACUUUUAAGACAGAAGGGAAAAAGUAAAAGCUCUUUUUGGUUUCUCUGCCUUUUCUUUAAGGGGAAAAUGUCUUUGCUGUCACGUAGGAACUUGUACGUCCCAUCGAGGUAUGGAUCUAAUCCCUUAACCAUAGUCUUAAUUUCACCUGUAUUGCACAAUAAGACUCAGCUGGUGUAAAACUGGAGUGAAAUUCAUUGAUGAUUCAUUCUGGAAAACUCUCAAGGAUUGAAAAUACAUAGCUCUGAGGCACUUAACCAAGCAGUGGAUUCAAACCGAGACAUUAUUGUUAUAAGGCACUGGAUCACUGCCAUGGCAUGCAAAGGUUCAGAAGGCACUGGAUUUUAACUGUCGUAGUUGUAACUGACUGUGUUUUGUUCGCUGCCUGCUGUAUUUAAAAUAUUGUAUCUUGCCAUUAUAGCUCGCCAUGUUUCCAUGGACAGUGAAGAACCAUGUUUGAAUCCAUUUGGGAGGCAAAUUGGAAUGUACCCCCAACAUUUAGCACCAUUUUAAGUAUGUACUAAAACAUUAAGAUUAAGGGUAAUUCUGUCUAUUCUAGCACACCAGCACAAACCUUAUGUUUGUUUGAGCCAACAAACAAGUAAAACCCAUUUUCUGCCGCAAACUCUUACUGAUCUGAAGCAGGAUGAAGUCUACAUGGUGCAUUCACACAUGUGAAAUUACAGCCUACAGUCUUAUGGUCAGUCAUUUCAUACCUCAAGUCAGAUCACUGACAAUGCACUAUGCGCCAUGUAAUACUCUCAGAAAUGUAAUUAGCAUCAUGGCACAGUUACAGUUAGUGUAAUGAUUUCUUAUGAAGCCAAAUACUCUUCAUCGUUUAAAAGUCAGGGGAUGUGUUUGUCGUGCUACUGUCCAUCCUGAUUUUGUGAUAUGAGAACUUUUGCCAAAAUGCGGAAUGCACUCAGUGACCCAAAGUAUACUUUGGGGAUGUUGUGUUCAUCAGGCUCUGUUUCUGACUGUAAGAAAGAACAAUUGACAAAUUCAAAAUGUUCAUUAUCAUAAUGCAAAUUGCACACUGAUCAGUGCCGAUUCCAAAAGAAGGUACAUGUUUUUUUCAUCGAGUUUAAUCGAGCAGUUGUGCCCACCCUAUGUCCUACUACCAAAUGUCUUCUUUCUUAUGUGUUUAGUUUUGUAGGACUGCACUAAUGCAAAGAUUUGGACAUGUCUAGACCAGCACAGCCCAAUACAGCUCCUGAAGGACGCAAAUAUUACAUCCAAGUUUGUUGGAUAUGAGUUGGAACAAACCUCUUAGGCCCGGUUCACAUCUGACAUUAACGUGUGUCUUGGGUGAUCUAGUCAUAAAUGGAAAGUAAAAAGUAAGUACAGGUGUAAAAGAGGUCCAAUGUGAUUAGGGCUGCACCGAUACCUCCCUGAACUUAGUUGCAUUGUCAGUAUUGGUGAAAGGAAUACGAAGACCAUGAAGCAGUUUUUAAUUCACGAGUCAAUGUUAGUCCAGGUUCAAGGAAGUGAACAAUAGAUACAUUCAUGUAAGGCAUUGCGGCCUCUUGGAGUAACAGUAGCCUUUAGCCUUGAUCUAGCUUUUAGCAUAACAAACUACUAGCCGGAGUAGUGUCAGUCAGUUGCAUCGCAGAGUGACCUGGUAAUCACAUCAAGUUAAGAAAUCCACUGUCAACAGCUGUUACCGACAAUAUGAAGGACUGUAAUAUUUACCGAAAUCGAACAAAGUCUGAUGCUCAGAGAUGUACGACACACAUAUGAGCGUGAAACAACAAUCAGCACUGUUUUCGCAAAGCCAGAGAAGCACGGCAUAUGUUGUUAUGGUUCUUAUUACUUUAUGUGAUAGUACAUAUAAAUUAUAUAUAGUGAAUAAAUAACAAUAGAUUUGUUUUUUUUUAAGCAUUGAAACUGGUUAUGUAUAUAAUAUGUAUAUAAGUAUAUAUAUAUAUAUAACCCAACAAGUAAAUGGCUAUUGACUCAAGCUUGGUAUUUCUUAUUUGUGACACAAAACACAGCUUUAACCAAAAUAAAAAGUGGAUUUGUAUAAAUAUCAGGACUUGUGAGAUAGUUACGUUAGACAGAGUCAGUAUCGACAUCAGUACUCCGUAUCGGCCAAUACUUAACGAUCAGGUAUCGGUGUCUGUAUCGGAAAUGUAAGAGGGGUAUCGGUGCAUCCCUAGAUCCAGUUACUCAAUCCACCUCCAGAGGACCACAUAACAUUUAUAAUGCUGAAGCGCUUUAUUGCGUCCCUGACAACAAAUACCUUGCAAUGAAGAAAUAUAAAAAUUAGAAAAGUAAAUAAAAAAGUGCUGAUUUCUUUUUUUAGUGUACUCAGCUUUGGCACUUGUGAAUAAUCUAAAUACCAUGCAUACUGUGUUCAUCAAAUCCCAGUGAUUAGUAUACAGCAAGGACACAGGGCUGCUCUGAAGGUAUUAGAUACUGAAUAAGCUUUGAUUUGAAAUAUUGUCCCUAGAGAACAUUUGCCUUGAAGACACAAGUCUCAGGUGGAGACAGACUCACUUUGAAUGUAUGUAUAUACUGUAAAUAUCCCUGAGGCAGCACUGAUUGUGGGCACUAUGAUGAACCAUAGUGUCAACUUUAUAACACUCCUUUAUUUUCUGAUUUUACUGCAGUCAGUCAUUCGCUGUCACAUUUUGAAAGAACAUACUGUACAUCAUCACUGUCUUAACAAAACCUAGCUGCCCGUUACAUUGUGUGAACGUUCAUAAUGAAUGGACCAAUAGAAAUGCUCCAGAAUCACUUUUCCUUACAAUAAAGUUAGGAAUAUUUGUUUUGCGACUCCUGUAAAGUUAACUUUUCGCAGACACAACAAGGUUUCGUUACAACAGUGAUGAGAUGUUUUUCCUGUCUUUUUCUUUGUGAAUCAGAAAUUUUGCUUGUUUUUCCAGGUCAGCUGGAAAACUGGCCCUGGAUUUUACUGCAAGUAUGCAAAAAUAGCUGUCAGUACUACUGUAUGCAUCCUUUAAUUUGAAAAUACAGCUUUUUUGCACAACUUUUGGCUAUGAAAACUGUUGUAUGUCAUAAUUAUUAUAUUAUUGAUGUAUUAUUGAUUCCUCUGACCAGCUAUGAUAUUGCCUUACUGUAUGUAUAAAGUAUCUGAGAUUACGUUUAAGGUUUUGUCAGAAGAUAUUUUUUAAAAAGUGUUAUUUACUACAGACAUGUUUAUAUUUAUGUUUAGAGCCAUAGCCAACAUUAAUGACCAGAGCCACCAGUCAUGUCUGGUGAUUAUUUAGAAUAAGCCAGACAAAUCAUAUAUUAUUCAGAUGUAAAAAAAAACUCUAUGCAUACUAAAUAUGCAUGUAGUAUUUACUAAUAUAUAACACUAAAGCUGAUGUAUAACAUUAAUGUAGGUGUAAGCACUCAAAUGAAUUUAUGAUUAAUGAAAAUUGAUCAUUUUAUCUCACAUUUAAUAUUUAUUAUCUCUAUGUACUUCAGAUGUUAUGAAUGCACAUAGAAUAAUUUAUGUUACUCUCUAUUUACAAAGAAUGGAUUUGUGGAUGCAGUUUUAAUUUAUUUGCAUAGCCUACAUGAAAAUCUUCUUAACUCUUGGAUCUACUUAACCCCUUAAAAUCCCAGGCCUUUCACAUACUAAGGCUUCUUAUCCAGCAACUAAGGGACUUGAAUGCAAACUGGUUGAGCUAUUCUUCGGUUGUAGAAGUGUGUAAUUAAACUUCAGGCCCAUUGGGUCCCAUUUAAGGCCCAAUUAAGGCAUUAACCUGUGGUAAAGGAGCAGACAAUGUGACAAAAUGGCAGACAGCUUCAUCGUGGUCUUGGUUUACGACCUCUGAAGCAUUUGGACAUAGGAUUUAUCCCAACACAUGGACUGCUCGGACUAAAAUCCAGCCAAAUUGUGCAAAUUCAUUCACUGGAUGCGUUUGGAAAUAACUUUUUUUUCACCCAUCUGGGAAUUAAAACUCCCUCCGUUUGUCUUUUCUCUCCUUUCGGAUGAACCGUUUUGCUGAGAUCAACACUAAAGACGCUCUAAAGUCACUUCUGAUGGAUGUUAUGUUGGUCAAACUCUUUCUGUAUUGCACUGUACGUGAUGUAAUAUAUCUUUUUUUUAGUGAAUCUGAAGUCACUGGAGUUGCUGCACUGACUCUUGUUAUUUUACAGGCUGUGUGACACGUCCUUAUCAUUUAAUGCUUUCUCAUCCAACAUUUAUUUUUUGAAUGGCACAGCGUGAUAAAAUAAAUAUACA